AUGGCUCCAAGCUGUCCGUGCAGUGUGGUCCUUGUGCUGGCGUUGCGGCUAUGUGUGGUUCCGGCACGUGAGGGAACUCUCGAUGAUGAGCUUCGCUUUCAUUUUGAUUGCGCUACUCGAUGCGCCGCAAUGACGGCCUCGGACAGAGAAGCCAUCAAGACCAUGUACAGGGCAGCGGGAUGCGAUGUGGGUGGGCCUGGAGCGCAUCCGGUAUGUGCCUCCUCGAUGGAACAGUUGUGCGUUGGUAGCUGUGGCGGGGGACAACAAGACAUGGCUACUUUUCUACCUGGUGCAUUUGGGCCAGGAGCUGCGCCGGUGGGGUCGGAGCCCUUCUCGGUGGCCCUGCAGGUGCACCGCGACUGUGCAGAGCGCUGCGCUUCCGAAGGCAUUGCAGUUUCAGCGGAUUCCGGUGCCGAGAAGGCCGUCGACACGCUUCGAAGAUGCGGCGUCGUGCAGCUCCUGGGCGCUUAUGAUUUGACGGCGUUGGACCGCUUUCAGAAGGCUUUCGACCAGCUGAAGGCCAAAGAGAAGGCAUACAAGAAGCUGCUUGACACCAAGCAGCUUCAUGAUGGGCGCUAUCAGGUUUAUCUUCCGUUCGCGAAGCCAUUCUCUUCACGCGAGACUCUAGGGGUCAGUGACUUGGUCCUCGAGGUGCUGCACGCCUACUUCAUGACAAGUGGGGGCAGCUUUGGCAUAGACCAUGUCUCGGUGUUGACAUCUGCCAGUGGAAGUGCAAACCAGAGUCUGCAUCCCGACGUGCACUACUUCAAGGGCUUGUCAGUCUCGGUGCACACGGCUUUGCACGACAUACCUUCAUCUUUGGGGCCGACAUACUUCUGUCCUUGCACUGGCGAAUCCUUGACUCGGGAGGACUGGCCAGCCAGUGCUGCCAUCAAAAUGACAAUCUUGAAGCGGAAGGACUGUUUGGCACGAUCAUUCGCACCUUCCUUCACCGCGCGUGGUACGGUCACAAUCUAUGACGGGGCAAUGUUCCACAAGGUUGGCAUGUUCGCGCAGAUGUAUCAGCAUGUGUGGGCUCAAAGCUGCGAAGUCUUGCCAUUGGAUCCUUCCACGCCGAACGGCGAGAAGUUCAUGGAGCUUCGACCAUAUGGAUCUGUCCGACGCGGCGCGAGUGAAUCGCGUGUUCCAGCAGUGAGGACUAGCGGAAGCUUCGAACCUGCCAAUCUUCCCGAACGGAGUGCUUUAGCUCCUUUCGGAAAUUUCUUGGGAGGUCACGACCCUUUCCAGGACUUUAGCAACGCUCCUUUGGGUGGAGGAUUAAUGUCGCGAUUCGAUCAGAUUGCAGGAGAUAUGCUGAAGGGAUUUCCUGGGAGCCUUCAGAUGAAUGGUAGCGCUCCAGGAGCUGCUCCAGGAAGUGGCGCUGGCUGCUACUCUUGCCAGACCUUCGUCAUGUCCUCUUCUCGAGGUGCAGACGGAAAGGUGCAUACGGAAAGAUAUUCUUCUUCGGAUGUUGGCAAUGCCCAGCAUGGAGUCCGAGAGGCGCAGCAUGCCUACUCCAACUCUUCCACAGGUGUGGACAAGAUGGGUCUGGAAAGACACCUGGGCGAGAGAGCCCGGAAAAUGGUGAAGGAGCGCAAUCGCUUCACUCAGGACGAGAGAUGUCAUGAAAUGCUCCGAGGCAUGGACGAAGGUGGCCGUGAUCACUUCGACAGAGAUUUUGCAGGACUGGCGAGGCACUUGCCAGCCCACGUGCGACCCCAACAAGCCGCACUCCUGCAACCACACUCAGGGCGGUCACUGCCUCCAAAUCGUGCUUUGGCCGUGCCGAAGCGACGAUGA